CGCCCACACCAUCCUCAACUACAUCAUGGGCAGCAACGUCGGAAGCUGGCACAGCUGAAGCUGCUCUUCGAUCUAGCGCGGCACAACCCCCUCAUAGCCCAUCGUCAAGCUGGCAAUGGUGAGCCGCCCAUCCAUUGCAGCACCGACAUUUCCCCAUCCAUUUUUGCCUUUCCGGUCAGGCCAAGUGCACAGCAAUACGCGGCGACCGUGCAGCAGAGAGCGAAAGAAGACCACCUGCAGGGGCCAUCCGGGACAACGAGGCCGAGCGCAGAGAACGAGAGAUCCUCAACAAGUACACACACGGCUUAUGAGUGCACUGUACAUGAGGAACGGCACGCAUCUGCUGGUCUUCUUUGUAUGUAGGCGGGUCGAUGAGCUGGAGACCAUGAUAGCCACGUACAAAAGAGAUCAGCACAAAGUAAACACGCUAUUUGUCUGGGUGAAGGCUGGAAGGCGAGAAAGAAGUGGCGAAGAGGGCAGCAGCCGGCAUCGACACCACGCCCACUCAGGACAAGAAGAUGAUGACGCCCGCCGAGAUGCAGCGAUACCUGGACGACUAUAUUGUCGGUCAACAAGCUGCAAAGCGGGCCGUCAUCCUUGCAAUCAGUAAUUAUCACUGAUCUGCUUCGUGCUGCUUGUUGCAUUUCAAAAGUGUGUGUGUGUAUAUGUUCAGGAAACAGGUAGCGCUGGGACCGACAGCAAGACCCCGAAGGCCUCGCAGAGGAGCCCCUGAUGAACAUUCUCCUCAAAGGUCCAACUGGCAGCGGCAAGACAGAGGUGAGGACACUCACCAGUCACAUUUUCCAUUUGUUGUCGUCUCGUUUUCAUUGUCUGCAGCUCGCUCGACGCCUUGUAUCAAUGGUGGAUGCGCCGUUCAUCAUCACCCCGAUAACCCAGUACACCUCCGUGGGCUAUCGGGGUCGAGAUGUGGCCGACAUGGUGAACAAGCUGAUGCAGAAGACCGUCAACAAAAUGAACGCAAAUGGCGCACAGGCUCAGGUAAGACAGGAGAACAGCAACACCACUCUUACUCAUUGUCAUCCGUUGUUGGGCCUUGUAUUGUCGACUGCAGCUGCCGGAGCCGGGAGAUGCACUUGUCAGCCAUGGACACACGCAAAUAUGCUAUGAAAAUUGCAUGUCUUCUUUCACCAUUCGUUUUGCAGCAACUCGCCACCGGCAUUGCAGCAGCUCGACAUCGGUUUCUCCCACCCUCAUCAAGGCGGCCAUCAAAGAAGUCGAGACCAGAGGCAUCAUCUUCAUAGGUAUGCAUAAUUAUGCAUAUGAGAAUUAUCUUAUGCGACUAGAUGAGAUCGACAAGAUUUGUAAGCCUCAGGUGCGAGAGACAUGCAAGAGACAUGCGAGAGACAUGCGAGAGACUCGUUUGCACACUAUGUCUUUCAGAACGAAAGGACGGCCGGGGUGGACGUGUCAAGAGAAGGUGUACAACGAGAUCUCUUGACGGUGAUAGAGGGAUCAAACGUCGACACCAAAUACGGUGAGCAGGUCUCAUCAUGCGCUCAAUGUGCUCUCUCUUUGUGUGCAUGUGUCGUGUGUGAAUUCUGUAUGCCUAGGGCAAGUGAAGACGAACAGGAUGCUGUUCAUCGCGGCCGGCGCCUUCCACAACGCGCGCCUCGAGGACAUGUACAAGGAGCUGCGAGCGCGAUUCCAGAAAAUAGUGGAGAUCCGUCUCGUCGUCUGUGACACGGAAGGCAAGACAUACCUCGUCAAGUGGGCGGUGAGUGAGAAAAUGGGAUAUGCAGACAGAAAGGCGGCAGCAGGCAGGCGAAGAGAACGGCGGUUGACCUCGUUGUCGUGUAUGUAUGUGUAGGGCCAUCCUCCUGAGGGCUGUCCCGGCACGACUUGGAUGCACGAAGAGAAUGUUGACCUCACAUUGCCUGCGCACCUGUAAGUGAAGGGCCGGCUGUGUGUAUCCAUACAUACACAUACACAUACACACACACACAUGUCUGCGUUGGUGUGUUUUGCGCAUUCAUGUAGGUCGCGGUCUCCCCGCUUAUUCGCAGACAUGAGGAACGAACGUCGUGCAAUCGCACGGAUGACCAAGGACGACGAAAACGAAAACGGUGCACACACACACGCACGCACUCACUCACGCCAAUCUGAGUCAUCACGUGUGUGUGGUGUGGUGUGGUGUGUGUGUGUAGGAAGAGGACGACUCCGGCCACCGCCGUAAGACGGUCGAGACGCAGUGCCUCUUCGCGCGCCUGGGGGCCAUUCUCAUCUUGCACCUGAAGCGCUACGGCUUCAACAAGCACACGGGCGCAUCCAAGAAGGUACGAUGGCUAAAGACACACACAGAGAGGGAACGAGACGUUGUUCAUUGUGUUGUGGUGGUUGUGCUGUGCUGUGCUGUGCAGUUGAGGCACAUGGUGACCUACCCGGAGAAAGUCGUCAUCUCCGACAAGUGGCUCACCAAGUGAGUGGGAUCACGGAGGACACACACACACACACUGGUCUCCAUCCAUCCGUCGCAUCGACUUUUGCAUUUAUGUCGCCCGUGUCGUGUGUGUGUGUGUGUGUGUUUGUCUUGUCAAGUCGUUCCUCUCCAAGUACGUGUUGUGUGAUGAAGGCAAGGCCAAGCACGGCAGCAGAUCCAGCCAGUCAGAGCCG